CUGAGUUUCGGCUACCAGGAAACGGGUUGUGGUGACUUCAGAAUCCCCGUGUAGACGCUUUGUAGACGCGAAAGAAGUACGAAGUAGCUAGCUAAUAGCUAUUGUGUCAGACGGAGAUUUUAAGGGAAAUAUUUUGAAGUUUUGAACUCGACAACCUUAACCUUCAGCAUGUCGCUGUAUCCAUCCCUAGAGGAUCUGAAGGUGGACAAGGUCAUUAAGGCCCAGGCCCAAUUUGUCCAGACCACCUCCACCUUCCCAGCCAUCGCCGAAGGGACCUACCCCGAGGGGACCUACCAGCCCCAGCCGGCAGCUGGCCUUGAGGCUCCAGGAUCAAGCCUCUACCCUAACCUGGUGGAGUUGGGGGAGUACAUGGGCCUCAGCCUCAACAGUGACGAGGUCCAGAGGAACAUGGCGCUGGUGCCCGUGGGCGACAAUCAGGUGUCUCUGUCCCCAGGGCUGGGGGGCAUGCUGGGGGGCAUGGUGCGCCCAGUGACGGGGGCUGACGUGGGGGUGAGGCGGGCUGAGAUCCGUCCUGGUCUGAGAGAGGUGGUGCUCUGUAAGGACCAGGAGGGCAGGGUGGGGCUCCGGCUCAGGGCCAUCGACAACGGUGUGUUCAUCCAGCUGGUCCAGGGGAACUCCCCUGCUGCUCUGGCAGGGCUGCGUUUCGGGGACCAGGUUCUCCAGAUCAACGGUCAGAACUGUGCUGGCUGGAGCCUGGACAAGUCCCACAAGGCCCUGAAGGCUGCAGCCGAGCACCGCAUCGAGCUCAUCGUCAGGGACAGGCCGUUCCAGCGCACUAUCACCAUGCACAAGGACAGCUCCGGACACGUGGGGUUUGUGUUCAAGUCUGGGAAGAUCACCUCGCUGGUGAAGGACGGCUCAGCGGCACGGAACGGCCUCCUGACCGACCACUACAUCUGUGAGAUCAACGGACAGAACGUCAUCGGGCUCAAGGACGCCCAGAUCAAGGACAUCCUCACGACUUCUCCCACCACCAUGACCAUCACCAUCAUGCCCAAGUUCAUCUAUGAACACAUGAUCAAGAGGAUGUCCAGUGGUCUCCUGCGUUCAGCCAUGGACCACUCUGUUCCAGAGGUGUGAUGAAGACCAGAACCACAACCCUCCAUCAGGAUGCCUCACUCCUUCUUUACUCUCCUCUACUCUCCUCAUCUCUCCUCUACUCUCCUCAUCUCUCCUUUCCUCUCCUCAUCUCUCUUUCCUCCCCUCUCUUCUCCUCAUUUCUCCUCUCCUCUCCAUUCUUUCCUCUCUUCUCCUCCUCCUCUCUUUGUUUGUCUGACUGGAUCUCUGUCUCAUCUAUGCUGUUUUCUCACCUGUUAGGGUGUCCCUCUAUCACACAAUCAUCGCCGUCGCCAUAUUCAUCAUCGCCUGCUCGUCGUUAACAUGAUCUAAGAUGCCUUUUCUUCUGUGGUUCAGAAACAUCAGCAUGUUCUUAUCCGCUGUACUGUAGUUCUUUUCUACUCUGUCUUUUUUUGUUUGAGUUUUUAUGACAACAUGUUUAUGCUCUUUUAUACACGAUAACCAUGUAGUUCUACUUCCUGUUGUUCCCUAUGUGACGUCGAGUCCGGCUGGGUUUCUAAGACAUGAGUCACUCCCGUCCUCCCAGUCCUGCAGAACGGCCCGACCUUUCACCUUUCUGUGUUCAGACGCUGUAGAGUCGAUCUCCAUGGCGAUACAGAACCCUCAGAUGCUGUAGAGUCUCAUCUCCAUGGUGAUACAGAACCCCUCAGGUGCUGUAUAGUUGAUCUCUAUGGCGAUACAGAACCCUCAGAUGCUGUAGUCUAUCUCCAUGGCGAUACAGAACCCUCAGGGGUUCUGGCUUCGUCCUCCUUCCCUAAGCCCCGCCCCCUCAAAGGUGUCACAUGAUGCCCCUUAGUGCACUUCCUUAUUAAAGUCUUUCCUGUCAUUUCAACUUGUUGUUAGUGUAGACGUGGCCACAGGUGACUGAGGAACAGUUAUGAAGCAACACCUGACUUCACUCUUUGGUUGGAAUCGUUUGAUGCACAAAAAUAAUCAUCGUAAAAAUUGAAGUUGUUUACUGACUAACACACCAUGGGUUCAGUCAGCCUGUUGCAUUCUGGGGGAUUUUGAUGUGAUUACAAGAGAACUUCCCUGUAAUCAAUGAUUGAUUCGUGAGAAGGAAAGGGAAAGUCUGGAUAUUGAUCAGUGGAUUUGUCUUCUUGAAAUGACAAUGUUGUUGUUCCUGUUCCAGCUGUUCAUGUGGGUCCUACACAUCUUUUUAUGGUUUAGAAAUGUAGUCUUUGAUAAACGUCACAACCGUCAUCCUGUAAAUGCUAAAGGAAUCUGAAAGUUUAUAUACGAAUGUAACCAAGAUAAUUAUUGUAAGACAAAUAAAAUGAUAUUUGCGGUUCA